UGGUUGCUGUUCAGUUAGAAAUUUCAUAUCACUUGUCUAUGUUUAAUAACAUUGUGUGUGUGUAUUGUAAACAUAUGCUUGGACAUAACUAUUUCAAGUUAUUUCAGAUUGUAAAAUCUUGUUUGUUGAAAGUGAAUUAUCAAAAUGGCGACAUCUGGAAUUUCUAGAAAUUCUUAUGUGGUUAAAUAUUAUUGUUGUACAAUCUGCGAAAAAGAGCGGUCUGUAGAAAUAGAUGCAGAUUUUUACUGUGAAAAUUGUCUUAAAUACUUCUGCAGAACAUGUAUAAACUCCCACAGACAGCAUGGUUGGUGGUUUUAUAAAAAAUCUCCUUAUGGAAAGGAUAAAAUAAUGAAGUGGCCACUUUCUAAGAAAAUGGAGACUUCUCUUUUAAUAUGCAUCAUACACAAGGGUGAAAAGUUAACAAUGUACUGCACGGACCACAAUCAUCUGUGCUGCUCUAGAUGUGUUGAGCUUAAUCACAGACGAUGCUUACAAGUAACUCCAUUACCUCAGGCUGCCACAGGGAAGUCAACUGACUUCAAGAACCUGUCUGUCAGUACGGAAAAUGCUCUUUCACAACUGAAACAUUUUCAGACGUAUCAGGAGGACAGAAUGAAGUAUCUUAAGUUUUCAUACAAAGAACAUGAGAGUCUUAUUGUUGAUGGUUUGCGUCUGGAAAUAAUGUCAUUUUUACUCCUAUGUGAAACCAGCACAGUUAAUACAACACACGAACAUAUGCAAUACACAGUCAUUGACAUGCGUGAGAAAAUCAAAUAUUUAUUAGCAGAUUUUGAGAAAAGCACUAUUAAGGAGAAGAAAGAAGAGCUAAACCUGAAACAAGCUCCUCUCAAGGUUGUGAGAAACAGCUGCAUCAGACUUCACUAUGAAUUGUUCCAUCUCCAUGUAGCCAUACCAAAAUUACCGGGUAAAGAACUCUCUUUUAUUGCCAGUAAAAAAUGUCUGGAAAAUAUACAACAAUCUUAUAUAUUUAUAAAAGAGAACUUUUCAAACAAGGUUUUCACAGUGAAUGGGAAGUCUGUGCACAAUGUGAAAAUGCCAAGUGAUUCAUGCACAUGCCAUAUCACAGAAGUAUGUGCUCUCCCAAAUGGACAGGUACUGGUUGCAGACUACUAUAAUAAGAGAGUCAAGCUUCUGAACCAGCAGUACCAGGUGGUGAGCCACUUGUAUGUAGAGGAUGGACUCAUACAGGACAUGUGUCUUAUCACACCCACUGAGUUUGCAGUGGCUGUGAAUGAUGAGGUCCAGUUUAUCACAAUAAGCCAGAGCCAACUCGCCAAAGGCAGGAAGCUUAAGUUACAACAUUCUUGUGAAGGUAUUGCCCACAACCAGGGUGACCUAUAUAUCUGCUCUGGUACUGCUCUGUACAAGUUCACAUUGAGUGGCGAACUGGUCUGCAGACUCUAUGAAGAUUCAUCAGCUGAUUUAACAGUAUACAAGUGUGCUGUGAGUCCCACAGGGGACAAGCUGUACAUAACUAGCUUCAGGCAGAACAAGCUUCACAUCCUGGCCAGGGAUGGCACACUCCUGGCUACAUACACAGACCCAGCACUAGGGUACCCAACUGGUCUACAUGUGACCCCUGCAGGCCAGGUGCUGGUCUGUGGAUACUGGCCCCCCACUGUACUACAGGUGGGCUGGGAGGGAGAGAGUAAGCUGACUACACUGGCUACUGAGGAGGAUGGAGUGAGGAGCCCAGUGUCAGUCUGCUACAGCAGCAAAACAUCAUCCAUCAUUGUGGGACUGUUGGUGGACAACAACAUCCUGGUGUUCAGAGUGGAAUAGUGUGUACAUUGGCUGCUGAGUCUGGACAAUGAUGCUAAGGAUGUGGUGGACAAGGAUGACCUGACUACGCAGAAGACCCAUAAAUACACCAGGACUGGGCGUCUUGUGUAUUUCCUGUUUAUCAAGAAUGCAAAAAGAUGAGGUGGUAAAGAACAUAAUGAAUUUACAUAAGGAGCCAAAAUCGGCCCCAUACCAAAUGCUGGAACUAUGUAUUUUUCCCAAACAACUUCCUAAAAUUCCCAAUUGAAGCAUCUGCUAAGCACAGAAGACAAAGGAGUAGUGAAAGGCUCAGUCAAAUCAAAGUUCAGCGAUGUGAGGGUGACACAACCUUUACAUGUCCUCGUAUUGCAACAUGAAGGACAUUGUAGCUGAAACUAACAAGGGAGAGAACUGUAGAUCUGCACCAGCACAGAGCACCAGCAUUGAUAUCGAGUUGGCCCAGCAACGGCACCAGUCCCGCCUGCAGGAGCCCCAGUCCAGAAUGACCCUACCCCUCCCUUGACUUCUAACUCCUCCCCCUUGACCUCCUGCCUCAAAAAGUCAGCAUCGUCGAACAACUCCUUUCUGCAGGAAAUUCUGAGCAUGAUUCUGUUCUGAACAAACGCAAUGCCCAUGUCACGUUUUCCAAACAUAAGCCUGGGUAGUUUUGUAAAGCAAGAGUUCCGCGUGGGCCUGAAAGGGACGAGUGUUACAGACACGAACAGUUAUAGCAGUAGUUAUGGUAACGCUAACAGUCAGUUGUUGCUGUUGGACAUCACAACAAAUAUCAUGAAGAAUAAAAAGUUCAAUAACUUUCUCCAAUCUUUAUGGGACAAACAGAAAUUGAACGGGAGAAAAUCAAGGAACUGCCCCAAAUUGUCCUCACAGUGGCCAAAAUAUCAUAAUAGAACGGACUUUUGGCAAUGUUACUGACAAAGAAAGGCAAUAAUGACUUGGUUGUGAAUACCCAGAGUACGAUACAUCCAUGCUGACAAUGAAAGGCGGUAAUGACUUGGUUGUGAACACCCAGCGUACGCUACAUCCAUGCUGACACAGAAAGGCAGUAAUUACUUGGUUGUGCAAACCCAGAGCACGCUACAUCCAUGCUGACACAGGAAGGCAGUAAUGACUAUGCAGUGAACACCCAGAACACAAUACAUCCAUGCUGACACAGAAAGGCAGUAAUGACUAUGCUGUGAACUACCAGAGCACUAUCCAUGCUGACACAGAAAGGAAGUAAUGACUAUGCAGUGAACACCCAGAGCACAAUACAUCCAUGCUGACACAGAAAGGCAGUAAUGACUAUGCUGUGAACACCCAGAGCACGAUACAUCCAUGCUGACACAGAAAGGCAGUAAUGACUUGGUCGUGAACACCCAGAGCAAGAUAUAUCCAUGCUGACACAAAAAGGCAGUAAUGACUAUGCUGUGAACACCUUGAGCAAGAUAUAUCCAUGUUAACACAGAAAGGCAGUAAUGACUAUGAUGUGAACACCCAGAGCAUAAUACAUCCAUGCUGACACAGAAAGGCAGUAAUGACUUGGUUGUGAACACCCAGAGCAAGAUAUAUCCAUGCUGACACAGAAAUGAAGUAAUGACUUGGCUGUGAACACAGAACACAAUACAUCCAUGCUGACACAGAAAGGCAGUAAUGACUAUGCUGUGAACACCCAGAGCACAAAACAUCCAUGCUGACACAGAAAGGCAGUAAUGACUUGGUUGUGAACACCCAGAGCACAAUACAUCCAUGCUGACACAGAAAGGCAGUAAUGACUUGGCUGUGAGAACAGAACAUGAUACACCCAUGCUGACACAGAAAGGCAGUAAUGACUUGGCUGUGAACACAGAGCACAAUACAUCCAUGCUGAAAUAGAAUGGCAGUCAUGACUAUGCUGUGAACAAACAGAGCACGAUAUAUCCAUGCUGACACAAAAAGCAGUAAUGAUUAUGCUGUGAACACCCAGAGUAAGAUAUAUCCAUGCUGACACAGAAAGGCAGUAAUUACUAUGCUGUGAACUCUCAGUGCACAAUACAUCCAUGCUGACACAGAAAGGCAGUAAUGACUUGGUUGUGAACACCCAGAGCAAGAUAUAUCUAUGCUGACACAGAAAGGCAGUAAUGACUUGGCUGUGAGCACAUAACA